AUUACCGCCCAAAACUUUCAGAUGUCCAUCUCAACGUCACCACCGCUUUUUCUUAAUUAUCCACUUUCAUAAAUGCCACGCUGUACAACUUUUUUUACAAACACCGAAUGUUAUGUUAUGUUGUUGUGUUGAUAGAACUAACAAACGUCCAAACACCAACGCACUGCCCACUACGUUGCUUAUAUAUACCCCCAAAGGGAAUCCACAUACAAACGUCAAUUACCGCACUUUACAAGAGUUCCAAGUGAGACAUAGGGAGAGAAAGAAAAUUAUUAUGACUUCGUGGCUCAGAGGCAAGUGCGUCGGGAGGGGCGCGUUCGGCGUUGUCAACGCGGCGGUUUCCAGAGCCGAUGGUCGGGUAUUCGCGGUGAAGUCCGUGGAUCGUGGGGCGGGGCACCCGCGUCAGCUGGAGGCGUUGGAGAACGAGAUUCGGAUUCUCAAACGCCUGCCGUCGCCGCACGUCGUGGCUUAUCUCGGCGACGACGUCACGUGCGAGCACGGCGGGACGGCGUCGUUCAGGAACCUUCAUUUGGAGUACAUGCCAGGUGGCACCGUCGCUGAUCUGGACCGCGCUGACGUGGACGACAGUUUAGUGAGGCGCUACGCGUGGUGCCUCGUGAGCGCACUGCGUGACGUCCACGCGCGCGGCUUCGUGCACUGCGACGUCAAGGGGAGGAACGUGCUGCUCUCCGGCAACCGUGCCGCCGCGAAACUCGCCGAUUUUGGCUCCGCGGUGGAGGUCGAAGUCCCGCGCGAUUUGUUGCCACGCGGGAGUCCGAUGUGGAUGGCGCCAGAGGUGGUGCGCCGGGAGCGGCAGGGGCCGGAGUCAGAUGUGUGGUCGCUCGGUUGCACGGUGAUCGAGAUUGUCAACGGGAAACCGGCGUGGGAGGAUCACGGCGUGGACACGCUGAGUCGAAUCGGUUACUCGGACGAGUUGCCGGAGUUUCCGAGCAAACUGUCAGAGCUGGGGAAGGAUUUUCUAGAGAAGUGUCUGAGAAGAGAAUGGAGAGAACGGUGGAGCUGCGAUCAGCUGCUGCAGCAUCCAUUUCUGCUUCCUUACGCCGUAGUUGAAUCGUCGCCCCGUUGCGUUCUGGACUGGGUUGACUCGGAGUUCGCCGAGUCAGAACAUAACGACCUUGAACAAGAAGGAGGGUGGUUAGAAUUUAAGCGCAAGGAAAAUUCAGUUAAAAGUAGAAUUAGUAAAUUAGCAACAGAAUCGAGGGUAAAUUGGGAAACAGAGGGUUGGGAAGCGGUGAGGGAGGUUGAGCUCAACGAAGAAUCAUGGGAAUCAAGAACAAGAGGUGAAAGCGAAGAAGGGGUAAAUUGGGAAUUUAAGAAUGUGGUGAGCGUAGGGAGUUGUGGGGAAUGUUGGCAUUGUGAAGGGGUAAAUCGGGAAAUAGAAGAGUUUGGUGAGGAGUGUAACAGAGGUGGUGGAGGUUGGAGGUGUGAUAGGAAUGGGUUGGAAAAGGUUGGUUGGGUUAAGGGAAUUUUGAGGAUUUACUGUUGUAAAAGUUUGAUACGAUGUUAUUUGUUGUAUUUAAUGUAUUUAAAUACAUUAUGGUUUUGCUUUAUUUAUGGUGUGUACCUGUGUUUAUUGGAAAAGUGUGUAAUGCAAUUGAGAGAGACAAUAAAUUGGGUGGAUUGUAGAAGAAAUUGAUUAGGUUGGGUGGUGUGAACUGUGAAGAGGGGAACAAAACAAUGGUCACAGUUGGACACAUGAUGGCAAUGAUAUGGGAGAUCUGAACUCACAAAUUCAAAAUGAAAACCUAGAAAAGGUUAGGCGAAGCAAAUACAAUGAGGUCAUUAGAUGAUCAUAAUGAGACCAUUGAUUAAGUGUGGAAAUCAGGCUAACUUUCAUGAAUUGAUUCUUUUAAUUCUUUUAAAACAUGCCA